AACUGCUAAGCUGUAGAACACCCAGUGCUUGAAAAUUAAUUCUAAAAAGUUUCUAAUACUCAACAAAAAGUCUGUUGAACAAGUUUGUCAGUCAUAAAACAAAUUAAAUUUACUUCAGCAACGAGACAUAUUUUUUAAAACGUUUAAAAUUCAUAUUACUUUCCUAAAUAAACGAGACUUCUACAAGCAAGAUGAACUCUACGAAGCGAUCGACGCGUCAAUCUCACAAAAAGCCGAUUAGCCACGAGGUUAAGGACGUUGAAUCGGGCAUACCACUACGUACAUUGGAGAGCAUUUACGAUUCAAAACAUAUGUUUUUCUCGCAGGAGGAUUUUCAGGGCUGGUAUGAGGAAAUGUGGUCGGCUUCAGAUACUAAACAGAAAUCUAAAAUGCAGUUAUCACGCACAUCGCUACUACGACUAGACUAUCUGCAAUUUAAGGCGGCACGUAUAAUACAAAAAUACCUGCGCCGUUGGUAUUAUCAGCGUAUCUAUCAACGCAAACGUACCGCGGCCAUACGCAUACAAUAUGAAUGGCGGAAAUUCUACAGGAAGCAUAAUACAUACCGCAAGUUGGAGGAGGAAACUCAAGAGGUAGUCGAAAAAUACUAUUUCCGGCAAGCGCAGAAGAUACAAGCGCUGUGGCGCGGUUGGUACACACGUCAAUACAUACACGAUCACAGUCAAUUAUUAAAGACGCAAGUUUUAACCGCCGAAGAGCUGCUGCAAUGUGUGGCCUUCAAGCUGCACCAUAUGAUGCGCACCUAUCAAAUACCCGGUGUUUACUCAUUAAGAAACUCACACUGUCUCUCGAAAGUGGAAAAACUCUUAGCAGCCAUGUCCUUCAAGCAGCAUAAUAAAUAUGUGCGCCAGUUGCGUGCCAAGCUGGAAAAUCAAACAAAUAUUGCGCGCAAGAAGUUUGAGCAUUCGUCUUACACUACCUUGAUACCAUAUCCAGGACCAAAUGUACAUGGUCAUUGCGAUCCGAAAUGCGAAAUUUUGGAAAAAUCUAAGGAUGUGGAUCGUCGUAUGUUCAAUAUCUUAAAUAUUUAUGAACAAGCCGCUAGUGCUCAAUUACGCGACAAGCAUCGAGCGGUGAAAAAAAGACGCCGAUCUGUUGAACGAAAAGAGAAGAAAGCCGUGGCCGCUGCUAAAUCAAAAAUAGCGCAACGCAAGUCAUCUACAGUGGAAAAGAAGACCGAUUUCUGUGAGGAUAUUGUAAACAGCAUGAAGCGUUGGAGUAUCUUGAGAGAUAACAAUGUGGCCGUAGAUCCAGAUAUCUUUCGACGUCCAGAGAUGUUAGAGAAUUUCUUGCAUGAAAUUGAGACCAUCUAUAAUAUGAUGCAGGAGCAUUGCCAUUGUAAAAUAAAAAUUCUAGAGCAAUUAUGCCACUGAAAACAUAAGAAACAGAGAGCCAACGACGUGUAUAGUCUUGUUAUUAACCUUUAAUAAUUGUGAAAAAUAAACUGAAAGAAGACGAAAUCGCAAAAA